AUGUAUUUUCAUCUGGAAGACGCAAUUUCGAAGUAUCGGGAUUUUGAAAUCAGGUCACCCUAUAUCUUUUAUGGAGUCAUUAUCUUUGUUUUAUGCUACUGGUGGCAACACACAGAGCUGAAUAAUCCGUCUGGGUUGCCAGUCAUUGGCCGAAGAUGGUAUGAGAUAGGGAAUGGUAAAGCUAGAGAACGAUUCCGGGAUGAUUGCCUUGGACUAGUCAGGUCCUGCUUUGAGAAGGUCAGUCGUCUUCCAGGUCUGGUCUAUUGA